AUGCCGAUGAGCAGUGCCGCUUCCAGCAUGGAGUCAAAUCGCGUCAGUGAGGUCUGCAGCGAGCUGUGGUGUCUGAGCAAGAGCAACCGGUGCAUCACCAACAGCAUCCCGGCGGCAGAGGGCACGCUGUGCCAGACACACACCAUCGACAAGGGGUGGUGCUACAAGCGGGUGUGCGUCCCCUUCGGGUCGCGACCAGAGGGCGUGGAUGGGGCCUGGGGCCCGUGGACCCCGUGGGGCGACUGCAGCCGGACUUGCGGCGGUGGCGUGUCCUCCUCCAGCCGGCACUGCGACAGCCCCAGGCCGACCAUCGGGGGCAAGUACUGCCUGGGCGAGAGGCGGCGGCAUCGCUCUUGCAACACGGAUGACUGUCCCCCUGGCUCCCAGGACUUUAGGGAAAUGCAGUGCUCUGAAUUUGACAGCGUCCCCUUCCGUGGGAAAUUCUACACGUGGAAAACAUACCGAGGAGGGGGCGUGAAGGCCUGCUCGCUCACCUGCUUAGCGGAAGGUUUCAACUUCUACACGGAGAGGGCAGCCGCCGUGGUGGACGGGACACCCUGCCGCCCAGACACGGUGGACAUCUGUGUCAGCGGCGAGUGCAAGCACGUGGGCUGCGACCGGGUCCUGGGCUCCGACCUGCGGGAGGACAAGUGCCGAGUGUGCGGGGGCGACGGCAGUGCCUGCGAAACCAUCGAGGGGGUCUUCAGCCCGGCCUCGCCUGGGGCCGGGUACGAGGAAGUCGUCUGGAUCCCCAAAGGCUCCAUCCACAUUUUUAUCCAGGACCUGAACCUCUCCCUCAGCCACCUGGCCCUGAAGGGGGACCAGGAGUCCCUGCUGCUGGAGGACGUGCCCAGGACCCCGCAGCCCCACCGCCUGUCCCUGGCCGGGACCACCUUUCAGCUGCGGCCUGGGCCAAACCAGACACAGAGCCUAGAAGCCCUGGGACCCAUCAAUGCGUCUCUCAUCGUCAUGGUGCUGGCCAGGACCGAGCUGCCCGCCCUUCGCUACCGGUUCAACGCGCCCAUCGUCCGCGACGCGCUGCCCCCUUACUCCUGGCACUACUCGCCUUGGACCAAGUGCUCUGCCCAGUGUGCCGGAGGCAGCCAGGUGCAGGCCGUGGAGUGCCGAAACCAGCUGGACAGCUCGGCCGUGGCCCCGCACCACUGCAGCGCCCAGAGCAAGCUUCCCAAGAGGCAGCGGGCCUGCAACACCGAGCCCUGCCCGCCUGACUGGGCGGUGGGGAACUGGUCCCGCUGCAGCCGCACCUGUGACGCGGGCGUGCGCAGCCGCUCGGUGGUGUGUCUGCGCCGCGUGUCCGCCGCGGAGGAGAAGACCCUGGACGACAGCUCCUGCCCGCAGCCGCGGCCGCCCGUGCUGGAGGCCUGCCACGGCCCCGCCUGCCCCCCGGAGUGGGCUGCCCUGGACUGGUCGGAGUGUACCCCCAGCUGCGGGCCCGGCCUCCGCCACCGUGUAGUCCUUUGCAAGAGCGCCGACCAUCGGGCCACACUGCCGCCCGCGCACUGCCCGCCCGCAGCCAAGCCGCCGGCCACCAUGCGCUGCAACCUGCGCCGCUGUCCCCCUGCCCGCUGGGUGGCGGGGGAGUGGGGCGAGUGCUCGGCGCAGUGCGGCCUCGGACAGCAGCAGCGCGCGGUGCGCUGCUCCAGCCACACCGGCCAGCCGUCCCGGGAGUGCGCCGAGGCCCUGCGCCCGCCCGCCACGCAGCAGUGCGAGGCCAAGUGCGACAGCCCGCCCCCCGGGGACAGCCCGGAAGAGUGCAAGGAUGUGAACAAGGUCGCCUACUGCCCCCUAGUGCUCAAAUUUCAGUUCUGCAGCCGAGCCUACUUCCGCCAGAUGUGCUGCAAAACCUGCCACGGCCGCUAG